AUGGAACAUAAAAGUAUGCAAAGCCAUACAAAUAAAUAUGAACAGGCUAAAAGGUUGAGGGUUCAAGACAACCAAAAGAGAUUACAGGCUUUGGGACUGCAAAAUAUUGCUAAGUCUUUGACAAGUCUAAUAGAAAGUGACAAAGCAAAGAAAAAGAAAAAGAUACCAAUGGAUAACAGUGAGAAAGAUGGAGAGGAUAUGCCUAGUUCGGAGUUUGACGAUGAUGCUGAGCAAGAUUACCAAGAAGAAGCUGCUACAAAAAUUCCUAAAAUGAAACAACAUACAAAAUACAUUGCGCCAAUGUCCAUGAAUAGAUUUGCUAAUUUAGCAAAGAAACGAUGCAUUGCUCCAAAUGUCUCCCGUGCUAACAUCUUCAGAAUCUCACAUGCAGAAGGGACAACUGUUUUUGAAGCAAAUGAAGCACAAGAUGAUGCUGAAGCCGAUGACAUUGAAGACAUGGAUGUGAAUGACGUUUAUGAAGAACAAGAUAGUUCUGAAGAUGAUGAAGAUGAAGACAUGGAUGAUUUACCAAAUGAGAAUGAUUCAGAAAAUGAGGACAAUGAACUUGUUGACGAAGAGCUUGAAGUUCCAGAAUAUGAAGCUGAGCAUGAAGAGCAUGAAGUUCCAGAACCAGAAAAUGAAGCCCAACAUGAAGUUCAACAAGUAGGAAAUGAAGCAGAUGAAAGUGAAAAAAACAAGGACAAUCGGCAAGAAAAGAAGAUGGUGCAAGUAACUGGAAAAAAAAGUUAUGCUCGAGUUCGUGAAGAUCUAAAGGCAUCUUUGAGACGAGAUCCAAGUCGGAUGGAAAUGUUUGAGUCAUGUUUCUCCAAAGGUGGAACUACCAAAAUGCAGAAGCUUCAAUGCAAUUGUAAGUAA